CAUUUGGCGGGAAAGAGGGUUUCUUCCAUCUUCCAUUUGUUGUUGCAUUGAAAACUCUAAAAAUUACUAAAAUAUUUAAACAUUUUACAUUUAAAACUUAUGCCCUAAAGACUCAGAAUAUCAAUAACAAUAUAAUUGCAUAAUGGAGGCAUUUCUCAAAGGACAGACUUCGGGGUUUACCUCCACCAAGCUGAAGAAAGCUGAAGGCCAAGGUUCUUCGAAGAAGACAUCCAUUCCUUGGGUAGAGAAAUAUCGGCCUAAAUCGAUGGAUGAAGUUGCCCAUCAAGACGAGGUUGUCAUGGUGCUGAAGAAGACCCUUGAAGGUGCUGAUCUGCCGAACCUUCUUUUCUAUGGACCCCCUGGAACUGGAAAGACUUCUACCAUACUAGCUGUAGCUAGACAACUCUAUGGACAUGACUUAUACAAAUCAAGAGUUUUAGAGCUCAAUGCUUCAGAUGAGCGUGGUAUACAGGUCGUCAGGGAAAAGGUGAAGAACUUUGCUCAAUUGUCUGCUGCUGCAUUUAGAUCAGAUGGUAAACCCUGCCCGCCAUUUAAAUUGGUGAUCCUUGAUGAGGCUGAUUCAAUGACUCCAAGUGCUCAGGCUGCACUGAGACGAACUAUGGAAAAACAAACAAAAAAUACAAGAUUUUGUCUCAUUUGUAACUAUGUCAGCAGGAUCAUUGAGCCAUUGACAUCAAGAUGCUCUAAGUUCAGGUUUAAGCCUCUAGAUUCUGGUAUACUAGAUACAAGAUUAAAGGACAUUUGUGACAAAGAGCAAAUAAAACAUGAAGAUCAGGCCAUAGAAGAAAUAAUAAAAACAUCUGAAGGAGAUAUGAGAAAAGCAAUAACGUUCUUACAAAGUGCACACAGAUUAAAAUCAGAUGCAGGAAUAUGUGCCAAGGAUAUCAUAGACAUUGCUGGGGUAAUACCAGAUAAAAUGAUUGCCGAUUUAUUUGAAGCAUGUAGAUCUGAUUCUUAUGAAAAACUUGAGGCAACUGUCAAGGAAAUUAUUGCCGAAGGGCAUGCAGCUGCUCAAUUGAUAAGUCAGAUUCAUGAUGAUGUUAUUCAGAUGACAGACUUAAAUGACCAUCAAAAAUCAGCCAUAACAGAAAAAUUAGCUGUGGUUGACAAGUGUCUGACAGAUGGUGCUGAUGAGUACCUUCAGAUCUUAAGCCUUAGUUCGCUGAUGAUGCAACAAUUUUGCCAUGGUGGAAGUGUCUAGUCCUAAACCCCUUACAAGGUUAAAACGUUGUAAAACCAGCUUACAGUCCUUCCUGAUAGACAUCCUUUCCUUGGGCAAAUCCUAGGUGUAAAGUUUUUCACAUUCCAGACCACGUGUCAUUCCCUAUAGUAUCAUUUCUUUGUUUUUCAGGGGCAUAUGCCUAUAACGAGCUUCUCAAGUAAAACGCCUCGAUUGACGUCAUCCAAAACGUGCUUCGUCACGACGAAGCUUUUUAAGUACGUGCUAUUGAGAACGCCUGUAAAUUAUACACUUUUCUAUGCAGAUAAAAUAAAGCAAGACAAGUAAGUUGUUUUGGUAGUAACAAGAAGUGAAGUGCAAAGCUUGCCAAAGAUUUUGGUACGCAAAGUACAAACUCUCUCUACUCUACGACAAAAAAAUAAAGUGCGUGCAGGAGGUAAUACGGGCAACAUUCCUUCUGCAACUUGCAACUAUGACAUUGCGUGACAAUUUGCACAAUUUUGUAUCACAUAAUAUCGAACCUUAAGUAAUCCAGAUUUCGUAGUAUUUUGAUUCUAGUUACAUUAUUGAACGCAGUUAUUAAUGAUGAUCGUUCAAUGUUGCCGUUUGGUAAAAACAAGUACGUAAAGAAAGAGAAAUAAUGUGCUCGCCGUGGGCUUCCUGUGCAUUACAUAAGUCGAGGAGGCUUAGGAAUAUAAGCGUCAUCAUUGAGAGCAAUCAUGCUAUAUUUCAUACGAAACUGCAGUAUCAAGAUAAAAACUGCCAAGAGUUAAAAUUUUAACAAAAUAUCGUUUUUUUCUCUACGUGAAAGAGCAAGCAAGAUGGUAGUUGGAUUUUUCUUUAAGAGGGUUAUUCCAACAGUGUUUUUAUAUUACGGAGCAGUUCAGAUGUAUUUAGUGUACCACUUGUACACUAGCGAAUCCAUGAUUCGUGCUCCAAGCUCCCCAGCCAUCGAACCAACAGAAUCUAGAAAGAAGCUUGUUGAAAACGUGUUAGCCAUUUACCAAUGUAGAGCUACUCCACAGUCCUUUGACACCUUCACUAAUGACGUUCAGUGUGAAGAUCACAGUGCUUAUCUUGAGGGGUUGGAUGCGCUCAAAAACGGUGCGUAUUUUGCAAGAAAUUACGCAAAAGCAGAGACCCUCAGUCUGAAAGAGCAUCACUUCCAGGAUCAAUUCAUCUUGGAGCUGAAGCAAAAGUACACGAUGGGUUAUUUAAAAAUGAAUUUUCCAUCGGUUUUGUACGCGGAACUUGAGGGGAAAGGUCGAGAUGAGAAAGUAAAAAAGUUUCGCGAUGAAUGGUACGGCAAGACCCUGAUAACACCCGAGAACACCCCCUUUGCCUUCACUGGGGUAUCUGCGCACUUCUUCAGACGAAUACAUGGACGAUUGUUCAACGUCUUUAAUUUUGCGCCUCCAAAAGAAUAAAGGUGUAAUUCGUCACAGGGCUGCAAAGGCCGGAACGAUCUCAAAACUUUGAUUAGUAAGCAAGGCUUGUCAACAAAGCCUACAUGUUUUCCAAUAACAGGCUACUUUUACUGGCAACCCUAAUCAAAAGAUUUAACUUAAGUAUUGCUGUUUUUUAAGAAUCAUACUUUGUCCCCAUUUUACCCUAACUUGAAGCAAGGGUGGUAUGCGCUGCUAAUGCGUCGCCUCAACAAUACGAUUCGGGUUCGAUCUCCGUGCAAUAAAGCUGCUUGUCUCUUGCUUCGAGGGUUUUUUGCGGGGCUCUUCGGUUUUCUGUCUCGUCACGCAACGCUCAGUGGGGAGGGAGCGUUGCGUGACGACGACAAGUACUGCUGCGGGGGUACUACAGGUUUUCCUUCCGCGAAAUUCAACUUUUAAAUUCGGCGUCGAGCGCCUCUGUCUCGGAAGACUGACCAAUCACUCCCUGCAUGUGAAUCAGAUAUUUUCUUGGAAUAGCAUAUGAUUGUUAUCUAGGUACCUUUCCUAUAAGAAGGGUCUCCGUGCAAGAAACACCUUGAUGGACUUCACCAAAAUUUAUGGUCACCACGACGAUUCCGCGCGUGCUAUUGAAAAAAAUUGUAAAUCCUGCAUCAAAAAAAAUAAAAACCAAGCUAAUUUGUUA